GCUGGAGUAAAAGGUUAUUUUUUUGUUGUGCGCUGUGGCUGAAAGAAAAAAUCGCAGAGCCAGUGUUUUACUGGCGAUAUCAACUCCGAAACACCAGCAAAUAGUCGGGCACUUGCGGAGUAACCCACACUGAAGAUGGUACAAGUGGGCAACUGGAUGUGUAGCCUGCUUUUGCUGGCCACUUCGAUGGCGUCAGCAUAUGCCGACGUCACAACGCAAAACGCUCUGUUGGGUGGAACCAAGAAGCACAAGGAGACCAGCCCGGAUAGUUCAGUUGGCGGUGCUAUGUCGCCGACUCUGGUGUGCCACAAGAUGCUGAGGCACGUGUUCGAGAAUGCCACGCCGCGGGAUGAACAGCAGGCGGGAGUGUUCGAGGAGUACAAGCCCCCGGCGGACGCAGUGGAGCCCCUGGAGGAGGAGGCCUAUCUGUGGAACUGCCUGCAGGCGUGCUGCGAAAAGCCCCGCAAUGGCAGCAGUGCCUGCAAUGUGGUGCUCGUCUUUAAGGCCAAAUGCUAUCACAUCCGUUGCCACAGCAACGAGGGCUGCUUGCCCAAGCUUCGAGUUCGCAUGCCCAACGAGAAGGUUCAGAUGGUACUGGUCAAUCCACUGGGCGACGCCACCUGGCCACAGCUCCUCAAGGCAGAGGCAGCCAAACAGAAUGCCGAGAUCUUGCCAUACGAUGAAGCGGCACUUAACUUCUGGAAGCAGCCCAGAAGGUUGAGCUACCUGGCUCGUAAUCAGGAAACCCCCGUUUACGAGGACGAAGACUUCCCAUUGGCCGACAAGCGGAUGAAUCAAAUGAUCUUCCAGCCCGACGAAAACGAUGUUCUGGCCAACGAAGAGCUCGGCUACUAUGAUUCGAAUGCUAAGUUUACCACCUGCGACAUGGAGACACCUUGUCCACCACCGCAACAAUGUGUACCACUUCAGCCAAAUGCCGUGAGGGGAGUAUGCACCUGUCCGGAGGGCUUUGUGUGGAACAAACAGAGGAAGUGCGUAAUGGCAGCGGUUCCAUAUAGCUCAUAUCUCACCAGCAAUGAGGCGGGGCAGCAAGAAGCGGCUGCUAGCGAGAACUCACCGGAGGUAUCAGCACCGCCGUUGAAGGCUGAGCAGAAUAAGGAUAUUGUCGUCUCUGUGAUGUCCAAGGAAGUGCGUUUGCCGGAGCAGGAGGUGACCCUGGCGGCGUUUACGGUGCCCGAUGAGCAAACCAGUGAUACCAAGUACAAAUAUCUUUGGACUCUGAUCUCACAACCCAAGGGUCCCAUGAAUGGCACCAUUUCGGAUCAGAGCAAGUCCAAGGUGAAGCUAUCGAAUCUCUCGGAGGGACUGUAUACUUUUAAGGUCACCGUAACUGGGGACAAUGGAACCUUUGGCGAGGCAACAGCCAAUGUUACAGUGCUUCCAGAGAACCGUAUCAAUCAGCCACCACAAGUCAUCAUCUCGCCCAGGGAGCAGAUCAUCCGUCAGCCGACCACCAAUGCCAUACUUGAUGGCAGCACCAGCACGGAUGAUGAUAAGAUCACCAAUUGGCACUGGGAGGUCAUCUCGGGACCGAUUGGUUACCAACCAGUUUUGCCCGAGGUUAACACCCUCCAGUUGGAUCUCACUUCGCCAGGAAACUACACAUUCAAACUAACCGUAACCGAUUCCAAUAACGUGACCAAUUCAACCACUGCCACGAUAGCAGUGCUCAAAGAAACCGAUUACGCUCCGGUUGCAAAUGCCGGAGAUGCCGUGAUCUUGUAUUUGCCCAACAAUAACGUCACUCUGAAUGGAACAGCCAGUUCGGAUGAUCACGAGAUCGUUGCGUGGGAGUGGACCAAGGAUGCCAGCGACGAGGCCAAGGCUGUGGAUAUGCAGAACACAAGGACUCCCUAUGUUCAGCUGUCCAAUCUGGAGGAGGGCAUGUACACUUUUGUGCUGAAAGUCACCGAUGGCAGCGGGCAAUCUAGUACAGCUAAGGUCCAUGUGUUUGUGAAGCCACCCACGAAUUCUCCACCAGUUGCCGAGGCAGGAACCAAUACGACCACAAGCUUGCCCAUUAACUGGGUGCUUUUGAAUGGCUCCGAUUCCAAAGACGACAUUGGCAUCAAGAGUUAUUCAUGGAAGCAACGGAGCGGGCCCAAUAAUGCUGUCAUAUUGAUGUCCAACUCAUCAAUUGCCAAUGCCACUUCUCUUACCCUGGGACUCUAUGAGUUCGAGUUAACCGUCGCUGAUGAAAAUAAUAACACCGCUAUGGACACCACGUGGGUGAAGAUUGUCCAAGAACGCAACGCAGCUCCAAUAGCCAACGCCGGUGGAGAUCACACCGUCACCCUGCCGGCCACCGCCAUCUAUUUCAAUGGCUCCAAGUCCUGGGAUGACCUGGCUGUGGUCAAGUAUCUUUGGACACGCGACGAGCACAGUUUGGCAGCGGGCGUCAUUGUGGCAGAUACCGACAAAGAACCCGUGAUGAUUUUGACCAAUUUAGUACAAGGCCGCUAUGUAUUUACACUGACGGUGAGCGACGACCAGGGUUUGACCAGUUCAGAUACUGUCAGCGUGAAUGUCCGUCGAGACCCCAAGCUGUUGAACCUGGUUCAAAUGACCCUGCCCAUGGGCAUCUCUGUGCUCGCACAAUCCGAACUGGAUUCGGUGGUGCAAAAGCUGCAGUUGUUGCUGGGAGAUGAGAAUAAGAUACAGGUCAGGGAGCUAAAAUACGAUUUGCAUACGGAUGCAACUGUCCUGGUCUUCUAUGUGAACGAUGGACAGGGAAAGGCAUUGGAUGGUUUGCAAGUGGAGCGGCAGUUGAGAACCCAACUUCAGAAGGAUGCAUCUAUACUGGGCCCAUUUGCCGUGGAUAUUCGAACCUCCGUUUGCCAAAAUGAUUGCUCCGGUCAUGGCUCCUGUAAUCCUAUCACCAGAGCUUGCAUAUGCGAGGCGUUCUGGAUGCCAUCGGCUGGCUACUUCUUUAACAACCAGGAGGCCAACUGCGACUGGUCUAUAUUAUAUGUGUUCGUUGGGGUGAUUGUGGGCUGCCUCUUGCUAUCUGGAGUAUUUUGGGGCAUAGCCUGCGCCUGCAGACAAUCGAAAAAGCCGCGUCUUCGUCAGAAAGUGCAAAAAUAUUCAUUGAUUGGUAAUAAGGAUGAAGAAGCAGCCAAUUAUUCUCGAAACACAUCGCUGACCGAAUCAGAGACGGAUUCCGAUGUCCUUUUUGAGACCCGCACCAAGUCCAAUGGCCUGGGCAAACACAAGUCACACAAUUCUCACAGCCAUGGACAUGGAUGUAGUGGAGGCAGCGGCUCUUCUGGCCGGGAUGGCCAUAAGUACGGAACACAAAAGCUGGGCCGCAAGAUCAAGGCAUAAGAAUGUAUGCAUCAGGAUUAGGAGAUCUAUAUGUGUGUGUUAGUCGAUCUACUAUACCGUGUGUGUGUUAUCUAUUUGUAUUUCUAUAAUGUACUCGGAUCUUUUGUACUUUCCGCAAACUCGUCUGAAGUCAAGUUGUCUUUAAGUUCCUUUAUGUGCAAUUAUUUUAAGUUAGGAAUCAUUGUUUAUAUUAUUUUAAGCUGCUGCUGUGCAACAAAUAUUAUUUUUAAUUUGUAUUUCUACUGCGAUACUUUUUAUGUGUGUAUAUAGACAUAGCUGUUCACAAUCAAUGUAACAAAUGACAUGUAACUGCUUAAAAGUGCAUUAUUACCCACAUUAAACGAAACUAAUAGAUGAAA